ACACUGGUUUGACACAGUUGCAAACAGAACCUCACUAAUUGAACCGCUGUUGAACAAUUAGUAAACAAAAUGAACAAUAUCGAAUUGCCAGCGGAAAAAGAGCCGGAAAUUACAUCCGCCGACGAAAUAAGCCUGCUGGUGGUCAUUUUAGACACGAACCCCACGCAAAAAAUGCUGCGAGAUAAGCAGAAUCAACUCACCAACAUUGUGGACUCUGUGGUGGCCUUUUCCAACUCGCAUUUGAUGCAGAAGGCCCAAAACAAGCUGGCUGUUAUGGCCUGCCAUUCGAAAACCAGCCAGUUUAUAUACCCGGGAGCGAAAAAGCCCUUGGAUGUCAGACAAGUAGACGGCCAAUACGAGGCCUUCCUCUUGGUGGAAAAAACGGUGAAGCAGAACCUGGCUGAGCUGCUAGCAUCGGAAAGCUCCACUGCCGUGACUGAGUCGCUUUUGGCUGGAGCCAUAGCGAUGGCUUUGUGCUACAUCGCGCGACUCCAAAGAACCAAACCUCCAGGUUCAAAGCUAAACAGCCGAAUACUGGUGGUGUCCGGAAGUGGAGAUUCAGCCUCCCAAUACAUGAACUACAUGAAUGUGUUCUUCACGGCGCAGAAACUAAAUGUGGUGCUAGACGUGUGUGCUUUGGAUCAGCACCUGAGCCUGCUGCAACAGGGCUGCGACAUCACAGGCGGGAUGUACCUGAAAGUUCCCCAAAUCACAGCUCUAUUGCAGUUUUUGCUGUGGGUAUUUUUGCCAGAACCGCCCAUUAGGGAGAAGCUAGUCCUUCCGCCGCCUGUUAAGGUGGAUUACCGAGCUGCGUGCUUUUGCCAUCGCGAACUGAUCGAUAUUGGGUUUGUGUGCUCUGUUUGCCUCUCAAUUUUCUGCAAGUUUAGUCCAAUCUGCACCACUUGCCACAUGGUGUUCAAGAUUCCUGGUCCACUUGCAGUGAAGCCAAAGAAGAGGAAAUUGAAGCUGUAAAUCGUGAUAUGGUCGAACAGACCCAGUACUGAGCAUGUGAUUGCAACAACUUCUGGUCUCUUGCAGUAAGAGGCGAUAAUUUGUAAAUAGCUACAUUUAAGGGAACUAUUUGCUUGUCCAUAGACGGGAAAGGAAAACGAGCCCACUUUAGAUGCGUGAAUUUAAUAAUAAAAUCAUUUUUUUACAGUCUUACGGAUAGUCACUGUAAUGGAAAAAUAGAUGGAAGAUUAUCAGCACAAA